AUGCUUGUAUACAAGGAUGGGCAUAAUAUAUACUAUCAGCAUCAUGAUCAUUCAUACGCCGAAAAUAUAAUAAUUGACCACGCUAGAAGUAUAAAAAUUGACUGUGUUAACGACGAUUGUCUUGCUGAAAUAUUCAUGUAUGUGCCAGCAUGGGAAAGACCUAAAAUUGCAGUGGUAUGUCAAAAAUGGAAUAGAGUCCUUGAUUAUUCUUGGGGUAGAGUCAAAAAACUUCAACUCACUCACUGGGAACGAGCUGAGUAUCCAAAUUGUUUGAAGAAAUUUACAACACCCGAUGGAAAAUUAAGCUUUUUGAACUCAUUGCUUAAUAAAUGUGGUCGUUAUUUAACACAAUUAGACUUGACAGCUUAUGGUCAUAGUGACAUAGUGUCGGUUAUUAAUGAAUAUUGUCCAAACCUCGUGGAACUUCGAUUGAGAUUUACCUAUGAUAACCAUAGGCUAUAUUGGAAAUCAUUUUCACGUCUAUCUAAGCUCAAGGUAUUAACAGUUAUAUUUCAAAAUCAUCUAAAACACCACGCUAAGCUUAAUGAGUUAGUACAUGCAUUGGAAUCGCUUGCUGAUACAUUGACUGAUCUGACUCUGUUCAAUUGGGAAACUGACGAACCCUGUACAGAUAGAUUUCUUCCAUAUUUACCCUGUAGAUUUCCAGCGGACACCAUUUAUGUAAGUUAA